CUCCUCAGCAGCCAGUGCAGCUGCCCUGGUGCUGGGCAGCCCUCAGCCUGGGUCUCCUCUCCCUGCUGCUCCUGCUGGCACAAAUCAUCCUCGUCAGCAUCGGCUUGCACUGGCAAUGCCAGUUCUGCCCGGCUGGCUGGUUCUGGCAUGCGGGGCAGUGCUACUACUUCUCCUCUGCCAGAAAGAGCUGGGAGCAGAGCAGGGAGGACUGCUGCUCCAGAGGGGGACAGCUGGUCACCAUCCGAGCCAAUGCCACCCUGGCUUUCCUGAUGCGCACAGCCAACAGGGAGGUCUUCUUCGUGGGGCUGAAGAGGGACAACGCCAGGUCUGACUGGAAGUGGCUGGAUGGCACCGCACUGAAGGGGCUCUUCCCAAUCCAGCGCACCACCAGCUCCUUCCUGGCCUGUGGCAGGGUGUCAGGCUCGGGGCUGUCCAGCGGUUCGUGCGGGGAUGCCCUCGGCUGGGUCUGCGAGCAGAGCGCAACCACCCUGCAGUGGCUCCGAUCCUCACGCCCUGCCUUCCUCUGGCGAAACACCACCUACACCUGUGUGGGGACCUGGUGA